CGUACCUUGGUUCGAGUGUCAUUUUACUUAAACUUUUCUAUGUGAUUUAAUUUAAGGAUUAGAAAAUAAAUCGUUGUUAUAAAUCGUGGACUGAUUACAUUUUCCACGAUUUUCGUUAUCAAUAUAUCAAUCUUUAGAAAACAGGAUAUCGUUUAAUCACUUACUAAUUUAUUACUACUGAACGAUUCCAGCGUUUGAAUGUCAUAAAAUAAAAAAUUCAAUUGUGCGAUUAUUCGACAAUCAGAAAAUUUACAUAGAAAAAAUGAUAAGCUGGGAUUUAUAUAAGCAGCAAUCUUUAAUUUGCAAUACAGUAUUCGUUAUUGUUGCUACUUAAAACAAAACACUUGAAAACAUGAGUAAACUUCUAUUAAUUGCUAUCAUCGGAAUCUGCAUCCAAGCAUGUGUUGGUUUGGAUCCGGACUGCUCUGUAAAUGAUCCUUUAGAUUUAACUUUUUAUCCCAUGCCUCGCUGUAAUAAAUUUUACCAAUGCGUUAAUGGUGAACAAUUAAUUUUUACGUGCCCGGAAGAUCUUGUAUUCAAUUUUCAAGCGCAAACUUGUGAUUAUCAACAAAAUGUUGAUUGCGAGAAUCAAAUUGCACCAACUGACGGUCCAAUUAUUACUGAGGAACCAGUUACGAAUCACCCACAAUGCGGACCUGAAGUAGAUUUAACGUUUUUCCCAAUGCCAAAAUGUAAUCAAUUCUUCCAAUGCGUUGAUGGUCAACAACACGUUUUUACUUGCCAACAAGGACUCGUUUUUAACUUCCAAGAACAAGUUUGUGAUUAUCCCGCAAAUGUUGAUUGCGAUAAUCAAGUUUCCCCAACUCAAGGUCCAACGGGUACUGAAGAACCAGUUACGAAUCACCCAAAAUGUGGACCUGAAGUAGAUUUAACGUUUUUCCCAAUGCCGGAAUGUAAUCAAUUCUUCCAAUGUAUCGGCGGCCAACAACACGUUUUUACUUGCCAACAAGGACUGGUUUUUAAUUUCCAAGAACAAGUUUGUGAUUAUCCCGCAAAUGUUGAUUGCGAUAAUCAAGUUGCCCCAACUCAAGGUCCAACGGGUACUGAAGAACCAGUUACGAAUCACCCACAAUGUGGACCUGAAGUUGAUUUAACCUUUUUCCCAAUGCCUGAAUGUAAUAAAUUCUUCCAAUGUAUCGGCGGCCAACAACACGUUCUUACUUGCCAAGUAGGACUCGUUUUUAAUUUCCAAGAACAAGUUUGUGAUUACCCAGAAAAUGUUGAUUGCGACAAUCAAGUUGCUCCAACUCAAGGCCCCUCAAGUACUGACAAUCCAGUUACGGUCCACCCGCAAUGUGGACCUGGUUUUGAUUUAAGUUUUUAUCCUAUGCCUGAAUGUAAUCAAUUCUUCCAAUGUAUAGGCGGCCUACAACAAAUUUUUACUUGCCAAGAAGGACUCGUUUUUAAUUUCUACGAACAAGUUUGUGAUUACCCAGAAAAUGUUGAUUGCGAUAAUCAAGUUGCGCCAAGUUCUAAAUAUUUUUCCGUUGCAAUCUUUGCAAUUAUCCUCCAAGCUUCUCUCGUUUUGGCCUAUCCAGAUUGUGCCACAAAUGAUCCAGAAGAUUUAACUUUUUACCCAAUGCCCGAAUGCAAUCAGUUUUAUCAAUGCGUUAACGGAGAACAAGCAGUUUUCACCUGCCAAGAGGGUCUUGUUUUCAACUACGAACAACAAUACUGCGAUUAUCCCGAAAACGUAGAUUGUGAUAAUCAAGUUGAUCCACCAACUGAAGAACCUGAAACUACUGAUGAACCUGGAAGUACCGAUGAACCUGAAAAUACCGACGAACCUGAAAAUACCGAUGAACCAGUUACCAAUCAUCCAGAUUGUGGGUCUGAAGAAGAUUUAACUUUCUAUCCAAUGCCCGAAUGUAAUCAAUUUUAUCAAUGCGUCGGUGGUCAAAAAUACGUCUUUACUUGUCAAGAAGGACUCGUUUUUAACUUCGAAGAACAAGUUUGUGAUUAUCCCGAAAAUGUUGAAUGUGAGUAAUGUAAGGAUCUAAUAUGAACAGGAUUAGAUAGCGAUGUAAGAUUGAAUACAAAUAUUGUGAUUGUUUAAUAAAUUCUAUUUUAAUGCAAA